UUUACAGUUGAUACCGGCAACCUUGAGAGUGUAUGAGGCAGAGAGACAGACGGACUUUAUAAAAGUGUGAUCAGAGGACUCGUCGCCAGCAUUCGUCAGUGUUCGUUUGAGAGAAAACAUUCGAAAUGGAAAACGACAGACGUGAGAACACUGUUUACCAUUCCAGUGACAGUAACCAACAGUCGUUGCUGGCGGCACUCAAUCGAUUUGUGCAAGCUGUAAAUGCAAUGGACGACACAGUGAUGAUACCAUGCCGGCUUCGAGACAUGGAAGUCUCGGCUAGACCCGAAAUAACGGUGGAAAAUAACAACCGAGCAGUUUUACCAACGAUACCCGCUGGCUCGGACUUGUACAGCUUCUACUCAAUGCUGAACGCGAUAAAGCAAGAGAUAAUUGUUGGGCCUCAAGUGGGUGCUAGCGAGGAGGCAAUGCAAGAAGAAAGCGAAUCGGACGAUAAUGGCAAUUCAAGGAAAACGGCAGCUGCUUUUCGACAUCAUUUGAAAGGUCUGUUCGAUUUGUUGCAUCAUUUGACAGAAACUGCAAAAUAUUUGUCCAGCAGGUAUGAAAACGAUGUCACACAAACCUCGUCAGUUUCAUCGUUUGCACUGUGAGGUUGGGGAAAAGUAUGUGUGUGUUUGGAGUCUGCAGAACAUUAUCAUAAUGAGUUCGAGCGGCGGUGUGCAGAAGCCAGGCGAUCGAACGCAGCUGGCGAAGUGAGACGUCGCUAGGUGAAGCAACGCAAAACAGUGUCGAUGAAUGGACAGACACCACCCCAGUGUGUGUCUUGUGGGCCGGCGAGGUGCUAUGCGACGACAUUGAUAACUCGUGAAAACAACAAUCUGCACGCCGCAGAAACACGACAUGACAUCUCGAAAUAGUUUUAGGUCAAGAACCAGUUGUAGGACUGGAUAGCCACACAAAUCAUCACUUCCUGUGGAGUUGACGAAAGCAGAACUAAUUCAAAUGACUUGGUGUCAUAUUAACAGAAUGCCUAAAACACUCUUCUAUAUGGUUAUGUACAUUUUUAUUCGAUGCAGCUUUCUAUUUUGUUAGUGAAUUGUUUUGGAACUGUUUAUGAAUAUUUUGAACUUAUAUGAAUAUUAUUUUUAACGUAUAUGAUAAAUGCCUACGUUUGUGUGAUCUGGUGAAAUGGAAAUAUUUUCUAGAAGAUUUCGUCAUGGAGUUUUGAAGUUGAAGAUUGUGUCAGUGGUGACUGAGACAGAACUGUUCUAGAUGGACUCGAUCCCGGACAGAAAGUUUAUUGAGAACAAACAUUUAGAACAAUUUCGCCGCACGUCUGUAUAGGGCGGCCCUAACUGUUUUCUGUCUUGAAUGUGCUCAACAGCUGGCAUGGUUGAUUCAAAUUUAUGGUUGACAGUUUUAACUUUCCUGGAUCACUUUAUAGUUGAAACAUCUGUUUAUAUUGACGAUGUACAUGCCGGUUCCAGUUAAAAUCGUUACCAUGGUAACACGCCUUUUUGUUCAGAAUAACUUUACGCAGCUAUUUAUGAACUGUGAUUUGUAUUUAAAAAUCUUGUUUUCAACUCGGGUUAAAACCAUUGCGAUGGUCAUGACUAUCAAUCACACUGAACUGGUUAUCGUCAUGCUAUGUUGUAGAUCGUUCUCCAUAAAUAUCGUCACAUGUUUUGUCCGUGACAGUGAACAGCGGAACUCGCUCACCCGACCAGUCAUUGUUUGAAUCAACCAUACCGAACCGUUCACUGAACACGUGUAACGUCGACCAUGUACAUAGUCAGUAAUUUAUGAACCAGGGGGUGUCAGAGUGGUCAGUUUGACCAGCGCCCAACUGGAUGUACUCUGCAUCUCAGGCUUGUGCAAUCCCGGUGACGUGGAGCCGCAACUCUCAUUAAUUCCAUUUGUAAAUAAAUAUUUUGAACGAAA